AUGGGCGCCCAGGCGCCGCUCCGGCUGCCGGCCGCGCCCCCGCUCGCCGUCUGCGGCUACACGUCGGUGCUUCUGCUCUUCGCCUUCUGCCUGCCGGGGAGCCGCGCGUCCAACCAGCCCGCGGGCGGUGGUGGGGACUGUCCCGGAGGCAGAGGCAAGAGCAUCAACUGCUCAGAGUUAAAUGUGAGAGAAUCUGAUAUCAGAGUGUGUGAUGAGUCAUCCUGUAAAUAUGGAGGUGUCUGCAAAGAAGAUGGAGAUGGUUUGAAAUGUGCAUGCCAGUUUCAGUGCCAUACAAAUUACAUUCCUGUCUGUGGAUCAAAUGGGGAUACUUACCAGAAUGAAUGUUUUCUCAGGAGGGCUGCCUGUAAGCAUCAGAAAGACAUAACGGUGGUGGCGCGUGGACCUUGCUACUCCGAUAACGGCUCUGGAUCUGGAGAAGGAGAGGAGGAAGGCUCCGGAGCAGAGGCUCCCAGGAAACAUUCCAAGUGUGGACCGUGCAAGUACAAAGCUGAGUGUGAUGAGGAUGCGGAAAACGUUGGGUGUGUAUGUAACAUAGACUGCAGUGGGUACAGUUUUAACCCCGUGUGUGCUUCUGAUGGGAGUUCCUAUAAUAAUCCCUGUUUCGUUCGAGAAGCAUCUUGUAUAAAGCAAGAACAGAUCGACAUAAGGCAUCUUGGCCACUGCACAGAUACAGAUGAUACGAGUUUAUUGGGAAAGAAAGAUGAUGGGCUGCAAUAUCGACCAGAUGUGAAAGAUGCUGGUGAUCAAAGGGAAGAUGUUUAUAUUGGAAGCCACAUGCCUUGUCCUGAAAAUCUCAAUGGGUACUGCAUCCACGGGAAGUGUGAAUUCAUCUAUUCUACUCAGAAGGCUUCUUGUAGAUGCGAAUCUGGCUACACUGGGCAGCACUGUGAGAAGACAGACUUCAGUAUUCUCUACGUAGUACCAAGUAGGCAGAAACUCACGCACGUCCUCAUCGCGGCCAUCAUUGGAGCAGUACAGAUCGCCAUUAUAGUAGCGAUUGUCAUGUGCAUAACCAGAAAAUGCCCCAAGAACAAUAGAGGACGUCGACAGAAGCAAAACCUAGGCCAUUUUACUUCAGACACUUCAUCCCGAAUGGUGUGAACUGACUUUUAUAUGCACACUGACCAUGUGAUGUACAUUUAUUACGUCUUUUUUUAAAGAAUGGAAAUAUUUAUUUCAGAGGCCUUAUUUUUGGACAUUUUUAGUGUAGUACUGUUGGCUCGUAUUUAGAGUAUUUAGCUACAGCAGUUUUGGACUGUUUAGUAGUCUCCGUUUUAUGUUUUUAAAUACAGAAAUCGGUUUCACGAAUUUGUACCACAUGGUGAUACUAAGAAUUGUUCUUUCCCCGUGGAAUGUAAUAUUUUUGCAAAGACGACGAACCCGCUUCCCAGUGGCUGUUAACGUCAGACUUCUCCAAGGACCACAGCAAACGGCAAAGCAUGAACUGAAAGUGAAGAUGUUUACAGAUCCCUUUUCUUACAGAAAAAAAAAAUCUAGAAGACACUGUUUAAAUAGAUAUCUAAAUGUUUUUGAGAUUUAGUACCUGCUUUUUUUUAGACACUGCCCCUAUUGCAUGAGCUGCAAAGCUGUGUGUGUUAGAUGUAACGUAUUUAUAAGCUGUACGAACUGGAAUCGACGAUUUCUCUCUUUGAAGACAUAGUUCUGAUAAUUUGAAAAGAUACCUGGGAAUUAAUGACGGAGCAGCUCAUUGAAAAUAGAUUUAGAUAUUGUCAAGAUAGGCUGUUUAACGAGCAGAUUGGAAUAAAACCUACUUAUCAGUUAAACUACUUUAACCCACAUUCAUUUUUAAACAUGGCAUUUCUUUUAAUAUAAAUAUACAAAUUGUAUCAGUGUUUGUGAAUACAAUGCAGAAAUAAUUGUUAAUGAUUGGUGCUCUGAAAGUGAGCUUCAAAAUGACCCAAGACCUCUGAUUCAAAUUUGUCCUGUAGUAGCUCUAUUAAUAGAUUGUUGGUGUUCAAGGGUCUGAAAUGUGAGUAGAAUGUGUCGAGGUGUCUAAU